AUGUAUAAUAGUAAAAAGAAUAAUAAUGGGUUAACUGAUAAAGAAAUUUUAUCAACACUAGAGCUACACGAUGAUUAUGUGAAAUCAAUAUUAAAUAGUAACAGUGGUAAUAAAGAAAAACCACACACAAAUAAUAAUAUUAGUGAUACCAGUUUAAUAUCAUCAAGUUCAGCCCCACUAAAAAGAAAUUCAUGUCCAAAUGUUUCAUAUCUAAAUAAUAUUCUUCGUCAAACGGUAUCACAUAAUAAAUAUUUAAAAGAAUUAGAAUCGAAACAAGAGUUACCAAAUACAACAGUAUCAUCAAAUAGAAAUAGUGAUAGUAACAAAAAAUAUAAUAGCUAUAAUAAUAAUAGUAAUAAUAGUAAUAAUAGUAAUUUUAAAAAUAAUAGUAGUACAAAUUACAAACAACAUGAUUCUAUGAACAAUUCAUAUGAAUUAGAAAGAAGACAAAAUGAAUUGGAAAGAAGACUAACACACAAGGAGAGAAUCAAAAGACUAGAUGAUGAUGUUAGCACAAAUCAAGAUAAUAGUUUUAAUAAUGUUGAAAAUGAAAAGAUAUCAAGUGGUAUAAUUGACAAAGAAUUUGAUGAUACAGUCCCUGAAAUUUUAAAUAAAUAUAAAGUUAGGGGUAGAGGUAGAGUGGGUAGUAGAGUGCACGAUGAAAGAAAAGAUAAAGAGCUUUUGCAAAAUUUAAAAGAGAAGUAUGGUAUUUCUUUGGAUGUAUAUAAAGAUAGUGACGAAAGUGAUAAUAAUAUAGAAAGAGAUACCAGAUAUAAAGAUAGAAGAGAGGAGGAAAGAAAAGAAAAGAGAUAUGGCCACACUAGAUCUCGUUCAAGAUCACGUUCAAGAUCUCGUUCAAGAUCAUCAAGUUUUGAAUAUAAAAAUAAAAAAAGAAAUAAAAGAUCAUUAUCAUCAUCAUCGUCAUCAUCCUCAUCAAGAUCACCAGAAUACAAAAAUAAAAAAAAGAGAAAAAGAAAAUCAAAACGUAAUAGAUCGCCAUCUACUUCAUCAUCAAGAUCUUCAUCAAGGUCAUCAUCAAGAGAUAAAAACAGAAAAAAAAGAAAAAAGAGCGAUAAAAAAAAGAAAAGGGAUAAAAAGAAAAAACAUAGGAGAUCAAGAGGGAAAAGUAGAAGUCGAAGUAGAAGUGGAAGUCGAAGUAGAAGUAGAAGCAGAAGUCGAGGUCGAAGAUGA